AUGGGCCCAAUUGCAAAACCAGUUUCUCCCCAAUCCGCGGAUGCCAUUUCACUGGUAGAUAUUGCAUGCGCGGAAUUGGAAGAGCUCCGCAACAAUCCUGAUUCCUAUCCUUCCUUUCCCCAUGCUUGCAAAGCUCUCUUAUUGGAUAUGGACGGUAAUCUCAAAUGCGUGGAUUGUGGAAUACAAAACCCAGAAUGGGCCGCAGUGAACUAUGGCGCACUCGUCUGCAUCAAUUGCAGUGGUCAACAUCGAUCUUUGGGCGUCAACAAUUCCAAAGUACGAAGUAUCACCAUGGACCAUUGGAAUCAUGACGAGAUUGUCAAGAUGCUGGAAGGAGGAAAUCGACAGCUGGAAACCUUUUUUGAUCGGCAUUCUUUGCUACCCACAUCGGACAAGUUUUUGGUACCCCAAUUGUCCCACGACAAUAUUUCGUUCAUGAGGUACAAAACCAAGGCGGCCUUGUUUUAUCGACAGCACUUGGAUCAUCACAUUGAAGACCUGAUAUCAAGAGGGCCAUACAAGGGAAGGCGACGAAAACGGCGGCCCUUGGGAGAACAAAACAAAACGAAAUGA